AUGUUUGUUGAACAAAGCGCUCCCGCCCAUGGCAACACCAACGCUAGGUUUCUGCAACAGCAUAUCCUCUUCCUAUUGCACCACCGCUGCAAAACGAUAAGACACCUCGCUCAAAUCCAUGGCCACAUCACCACCAAUGGAUUUGCCAGUAAAAGCUUCGUUCUUGUCAAGCUGUUGGCUUUGUACACAUCCUUCAACAAUUUCCCGUGUGCCCACCAACUGUUCGACCAAAUGGGUAAUCCAAGUACUUCAGUCUGGAACCAAAUUCUUCGAGGAUAUUCUAUCGGCGGCAACCCGCGUAAGUCGUUUGAGUUGUUUAAUUAUAUGGGGCGUUCUUUAGCGCGGCCUGAUGGGCAUACGUAUAAUUUUGUUAUUAAUGGUUGUGCGAAAGGAGGGUUGUUUGGAGAGGGGGAGCAGGUUCAUGGGAGGGUUAUGAAGAGUUCGUUUUGCUCGGAUAUUUAUGUGAUGACCAGUUUGGUUGAUUUUUAUGUCAAGAGUGGAGGAGAGGAUGGAGUUGGGAAGGCGAAGUUAGUGUUCGACGAAAUGCCUGACAGAAAUGUCGUCACGUGGAAUUCUUUGCUUUUGGGUUUCUUUCGUUGUGGAGAUGUUGAUGGAGCACAAAGAAUCUUUGAGGAGAUGCCGGUGAGAAAUGUUGUGUCUUGGACCACCAUGAUUGCUGGAUGUGCACAAAAAGGGAGGUGUAAAGAAUCGUUGUCCUUAUUCCGUUCGAUGCAGAAGGAGGGUAUAAAGUUUGACCAGGUUACUCUGGUAGCGGUGCUGUCAGCAUGUGCUGAAUUGGGUGAUCUGAACCUGGGCAAGUACAUCCAUUCAUACGUUUUCGAGUCUUUCGCUUACAGAAGGAAGCCAAUCCUCAUCUCGUUGAAGAAUUCGCUGAUACAUAUGUACGCCAGCUGUGGCGAAAUUGAGGCAGCAUUUGGAAUAUUCAAAAGGAUGGAGAAGAGGACUAUAGUUUCUUGGACUAGUAUGAUCACGGGUUUUGCGAAGCACGGUUAUGGAGAUGAGGCUCUCUCCGUGUUUCGAUGGAUGGAAACCGUAGAAAAAGAAAGCAAUAUUAGACCCGACAAAGUCACAUUCUUGGGCCUUCUAUGUGCCUGCACCCAUUCUGGCUACGUCAAUGAAGGUCGCCAUUACUUUCGUAGCAUGACUGCCGAUUGGGGAAUCGAACCAACGAUCGAGCACUAUGGCUGCAUGGUUGAUUUGUUAAGCCGUGCUGGUUUAUUGGAUGAAGCUCACGAGCUAGUGAAAUUGAUGCCUAUGAAGCCAAACGAUGUUGUUUGGGGUGCCCUUUUGAGUGGAUGUAGGAUAUACAAAAGCGUUGAGCUUGCUUCUGAUGUGGCACAUUGGCUGACAGAGGAACUUGAGCCUCAGAGAGCAGCUGGCUACUUUGUGCUAUUGUCCAAUGUAUACGCUGCAGCUAAGAAGUGGGAGGAUGUGGUGGCUGUGAGGCGAAAAAUGCUCGAUAUAAAGACGAAAAAGCCCCCCGGUUUGAGCUGGAUUCAGAUUGAAGGAAGCAUAUACGAGUUUCUGGCCGGCGAUAGGUCUCAUGAGAAUGCACCGAUGAUAUAUGAUGUUCUUGACGAGAUCACAAAGGAAGCGAGGUGUCAAAGGUAUGUUCCUUAUUUUACAGAUGCUUUUGUUGGCAUUUAG